AAUAAACACUGUGAAAGAAGCCAUAAGAAAAGAAAAAACAAAAUUGGACAGAUUGAUUCGUGAAUCAGCUCGUCAAAGAAAACGAAGACAAAAACUUAAAGAGAGCAUUGAAACUGUGUGUCAGAACAUCCCUGAAGCAUCAAGUGCUUUGAAACAGUUUAGUCGAAACCAUACUGGACGACCGCGUCUCGAAGUUGACCAACCAGAGCUUUUAUCAACAAUUAUAAAAAUUGUGCAAAAUUUAUCAGCAGCUGACGAACGUCGAAGAACAGAAUGUCUCCGUAGCGUCUCCACUUUAGAUGACCUUCAGGAAGAGUUGACAAAGAUAGGCUUUACCUUGAGUAGGAGUGGUUUGUACCUUCGUCUUUUACCACGACGUGGAAACACUUCUGAAGGAAAAAAACAUGUCAGCACAGUUCCAGUAAAGCUGUUACGUCCAGAAAACUCAAUGCGAAAAAAAAAAUGACGAUAGAAUGUUUGCCAAAUCAUUCAUUGACGACAUGUUCGAAGUUUGCAAAUUGUUUGGACCAAAAGCUGUGCUUUUCAUUUCCAACGAUGAUAAAGCCAGGGUCCCAUUGGGUAUUGCUGCAGCAAGCCUUCAAGCGCCGUUGCUGAUGCAUAUGGAAUACAAGGUCAAACUCAUGGAUCGCGAUUUUGUCGUUAGCUCACAGCACAAAUUGAUCCCAUCAGUGUAUGGCGUAUGCGAAGUUAACAAUACUGGAAAUGUAUCAUACAGUGGGGACACUUUCAUACGCAUAAGAAGUGCGAAACACGAUACAUCAAAUGCUUUUACACAUGCUUUUGAUGUUAGAGAGCUUUUUAAAACCGAGUUGGUUAAACGUAGACUAAUUAUGUUAAUGGAGACUGAUGGAGCUCAGGAUGAAGCACCACGUUUCCCUAAAACCUUAGCAACUGCUGUUGACCUCUUUCGCUUGCUUAAUUUAGAUGCCCUUCUUCAUGGUGUGAAUGCAGCUGGCCUUUCAGCCUUUAACCCCGUAGAACAAAGAAUGGCACCUCUUUCUCGUGAUUUGGCUGGAAUAGUCCUUCCUCAUGAUUUUUUUGGCAAACACCUUGAUUCUUCUGGAAAAACAAUCGACUAUGAAUUGGAGGUAGAGAACUUUCAAAAAGCGGCUGACGUUUUAUCCUAAGUUUGGGAGAAAACCGUCAUUGACGGGUAUCCUGUUCAUUGCCAGGCUGUACCAGUUGGGAAAGCAUAUGAACCACCAAUUCCAGAUCCUGUUUGGGUAGACAAACAUUGUCAGCAAUCGCGAUACAGCCUACAAAUCGUAAAAUGCCAAGAGGAGUCAUGUUGCACACCGUUUGAAACAAACUGGCUGAAAAACUUCCCCCAACGUUUCAUUCCAUUUCCGGCAAUCUACGAAUACUGCGAGAAUGGUUACAAAGCAAUGGAACCGUCUCGAUAUUUUAAAAACGUAUCAAAACAAUCAACGUUUGCACCACUGACACAUCGACUUUUGCUACAUGAUAUACCUAUAGAAGGAUUAAAAUACAAAAUUAUACCAUUUGAUCUGUAUUGCCCAUCGUUAAAGGAAAAGCUCUCAAUCGGAAUUUGCGACAAGUGCAAUAAAUACUGGCCAAGCGAGGCUGCAAUGAAACGGCACAAGAAAGCACAUACACAAAAAAAAAACACGGUUGAAAUGGAGAGUGAGGAUAGUGUAAGUGACAGUGAAUCUAUUAAUAAAAGUGAAGGUAUCAGUUAGGAGAUUGAUUAUAAAAGUGUGGAAGCAGAGUUCAUGCCUGUAUUUGAUAACAUAUUUGAUUUAUUUAAGUCACCAUUUGAGAAAAUAUGAAA